CGCGGGAUUUUGCGCCCAUGGAAACUGGCAAGCCGCAGUGUGACAGAUCGACUUGUUGCAGACUUCACGUCGUGAUUCCUGAUCUUUGCCGGAGAUUAUGCGAUUUUCCAGGCAUUUGCCGUGAUGUAGUAAGAUAUACGUCGAUAAAUGUCGUGCAGUAUAGUUUGGUGAUGGUUGUCCUUCUGUUCGAAAGGUGUUGAGAGGGCAAACUUGGCGAUCUGAGUGAAGGAAGGAAGUUGCAGAAGUGGGAAGGUAAACACAGAUCAAAGAUGGAAGCAAAGACGGGGGACUCGAACACGAGCUCGGUUUUACCGAAUGGCGCGAACGGAGAGGCAGAAAAGGAGGAGGCGGGGACGGAGAGAGAAGUGGUGACGAGCACGGCUGAGUUGCCGGGAACACGCAAAGCCGGCCGCGGGAAGGACACGGCACAGCCCCCGCCUUCCAGCGCAGCAAGCACCGGGACUGACAGGGAGACAAAGAUCAUGCCUUUUGGAGGAGAGAAGAUUGAGAGCAGACUGAAUGUGCUGGAGCUCCAGGCAAUGCAGGAGGCAUUCAUGAUUGAGGGGAGCGGCUACGACAACAAGCUGAGUUUGAACAAGGAGGAGUUUAUACAGAAGAUGACUGACAUUCUGAAGAGACAGAGUAAUGAGGAGUACUCCGAGCUGUUUGACAAAAUUGAUGUGACCAAGGAUGGAUAUGUCGACUGGGACAAGAUAGCGUCCCACAUGCUGCUGGAGUACUAUGAGAAGGAUGACAGGGUCAAGGCUACACAGGUGCCACAGUGGAAGGACCUGAAAAUACUACAGAGCCCCCAUAAAGACACGAUACAGAAGAUUAAGUACCACAAGGCCACACAGCGAUACAUCUCCAUCAGCAAGGAAGGCUGCGUCGCCCUCUGGAGCCCACAGUGCAAACUGCAGAAAUCUGUCACGAUUUCUGUGGACUCGGUGAAAGACAAAGACCUGUGGGUCAGUGACUAUGUUCUCCUGCCCAACAUCAACAAGAUUGCCUUGUCCUUAACCAGCAAGGAGAUACUAUUCUAUGACCUGAGCACCAAGUUGGACUUCAGCUGUCAGUACAAGGUGGAAGGGCUGGAGUACACGCCCCUCUCUCUGGACUACUGGAGUAACCCAGACAACCCCAGUGAGGCCUUCUUGGUGUUUGGGGAUGUUGGAGGUCAGGUCACGGCCCUGAACUUCACCUCCACACACAUCGCCCUGUUUGAGAGGCCCACUCCACCAGUGGGGGAGGAGGAAGCUGAAGUGACAGUAACUGUACAGCUGAGUAACAUAGCAAAGGGGCGAGACAAGUACUGUAAGAUGGCCCGCCACAGAGAACACAACGGAGAAUGGACAAGACAAGUGAGGUACGCUGCACAUCUGGAGUGUUUCAUCUCCUGCUCCACGACUGCACGGAGCUCCAUGGUGCUGGGCUGGGUGGAGAAGGCCGCACGCAGUAUGAGGACAAUAUCCUUCAAUGUGAGCCAGGGCAUCCACUGCUUUGACUAUCAUGAGCAGAUGAACCUAAUUGUCACAGGAGGAGUGAACCAUCAUGUCUCCCUGUGGAACCCCUAUGUCACCUCCAAACCCAUCGGUUUGCUGAGAGGCCAUAUGGCGAGUGUAGUGAAUGUACAGUUCAACACCACCAAGGGUCAGAUCCUCAGCUUCUCCAAGGACAAGGUACUGAGGGUCUGGGACAUCCAACAGCAGCUCUGUCUACAGAGAGUGGCUGGCAUCUUUCCUAAAGGCCCUGAAGUUUACACAUUUUUGCAGUUUGACGAAGAGCGGUUGAAGAUGUUCAUCACGUUCAACAACCAGCUGACCCUGCUGGAGAUGAAGCCUGAGAUGAAGGAUAAGAUCCUCAGCCAUGACAAACCCAUCACCAGCGUGCUGUACAACAGGACAUAUAACCAGGUCAUCAGUGGCUGCCAGGGUUCUACUGUGACCGUCUGGAUCAUUGACUCAGGUCAAAAGGUCAAACAGUUUGAGAACUGCCACGGUAGCGCAGAGAUCACCACCAUGGCCCUGGACCCCAGCGACACCAGACUGUACACGGCUAGCACGGACGGAACUGUCAAGAUUUGGGAUUUCAAUGGUCACUGCCACCACUUGCUGAACGCAGGCAGGGACUCCGCUGUGGACAUCACGCAGGUGCUGGUCCUGAAGAGAACGGUGCUGGUGAUGGGGUGGGACAGAAUGAUAACAGUAUUCCGGUUCCAAGCCUUCAAUACUUACACAGUACAGCCAUCUGACUGGAAGGGUGGGCAGGAACACCAAGAUGACAUCCUGUGUGGAGCGUUCAGCGACCCGAACACCCUCGCCACGGGGAGCUACGACGGAGAAAUCAUCAUGUGGAACAACCAGGGGGAGCGGGCGUCCCGCCACCUCCGGCAGAGGGUGCGGCAGAAGGGGAAGACCAGCACACGACAGACGACCACGGCUGGGAGCAUGCCCACGGUGACGAGGCAGGGGACUGUGUCGUCCUUCACUGGUACAGACGACAAGGCUCUGCUGUCUCGGGAAGUCACGGGGCUGAGUCUGGAGGAUGAAGAAAAUAGUGAAUUUGGGAACCCGAUCACCCGGAUGGUGUUUCUGGAGGAGAGGAAGGAUAACCUGGAGGGUGGGGGGAACCUGGUGUCGUGUGGAGGGAACGGGUUCGUCAGGUUCUGGAGCACCGGGGACAGCAGUCUGGUGGCAGAGUUCCUGGCACACCCUCACAAUGGCAGCAUCAUCAUGGCCACAGAUGACCUCAACCGUUACCUAGACGGAGACGUGGAUGGCACAAAAGUGUGGAACAUCGAGGAGUACUGUCUGAGACACAACCCUGACGGGCCAGUAUGCACCGACCCACCUCCGUUGCUGUGCAACCAGACGCCACAUCUGGACUCCAUCAACCAGAUGUUGUUCUGCAGGAGGAACGACUGUGACCUCAUCGUCUCCUGCUCUUCCGACUGCAGCGUGGCGUUGUGGGACGUCCACGGGAACAUCAUUGGCUACUUUGGACAGGAGGAGAAGUGGAAGAUUGAGGAGUACAUCCCUCCGGAGGAGCCGGAGGAAGAUGAUGAGAAGGAGGCUGAUGAGGAUGAGGAGCUCCAUCAGGCCCUGGAGGCGGAGGAGGAGAUGAUGGAGCUGACGUUUGAGGAGGAGGGUUACGAGGAGGACUACAGGCACAACACCUGGGAGAAGACGUACCUGGGGAAGGCCUACCAGGACCUGCGGGUUCAGAAGAGGGAGAGGAAACAGCCCACCAGUAUCCCCAACCUGCCCUACCUGACGUGGGAGAAAACUGGACAGGCACCUGCAGGGCCUUAUAAGAGUCUGGAAACGUCUGACUUGAUGAAGAUGAAUGUUCUGAAGAAGCCAGACUUCGUGGUUCAUCCUCACAAGUACUUUGGACAGAGAACGGAGACGCCCGUGGAGACGGUGCCCAAACUGCCGUCCCUGACUGAUGGUCUAAAGGCUGCCUUCGACGAGAAGACCCUCUUCCCCAAGUACAUCAUGGAGUUCGAACUGAAGAUGAAGUCCGUCCACGGGAUAAUGUCCGCCAGCAAGAAGGGGCGGGUCAGCAAGAGCCUCCUCGCCACCAGCAAGCCCAACCUGCUGCUGCAGAGCAAGCAGUCCAUGAACUCCAUCUCCAGUAAGCAGUCUGCAGACAACCUGUCCCCCAAGUCCAGGGUCAAGGCAGGCCUGCAGAAGGUGCAGGGGAUUCCCGACGUGGGAAAGAAGGGGCAGCUCAAGCCCCUGGGGAAGACGACCACAUCGGAGGCAUCCAGCUCAUCUGUCCAUACGUAGUCUUGAAAGUGGACUUAGUGUUGCUUAACUCUGUGCAGUGCUAGAAGACACAAACGUUUCUGUCUUCAUAAUUCUUGAGAUUGUUCCAUUGACACUUAUCUCAGCUACAAAAAAAUCUGCAUUAUAGAACCUAGAAGUGUAGAAAGGCCUUAGCCUCAUUCUAUUCUGUUGACAAAGACCACUGGGUUCGAGAUUUUCCUGAUUUUUUAUUAUUGACCACUGUUAUUGUACAGACCAUAUUUACUGUGAAAGUUAACUUUGUAUAUUGG